CAGGUAACCAGUAACCACUGCUGAGUCGUAUGAUUGUGAUGAUGUCAGGUUACGAUAUUUAUGUUCUGUUCAAAAUGAGAUUUUCUGGUAUACCAAAAUGGUAUUGCGAGGAUAGCCAAGGGCGAAUCAUGUUCGAAUAAACAAUUGCACCAUUCACAUAUCAACAAACUGCACCAAUCUACAGCUUAUAUCUUCCCAACUAACAGGUUCUUCUAGUAUUCAGUCUUUGUUUAAUAAUUUUAAAAAUGAGUGUAAAUACGACGGAAGUGAGUUUGAAGAACUUCUUUAUAUUUCAUGCAAAAUAUGGUGAGAAAGAAGGAGAGGAAGAAGAGAAAAUUAUCUAUUUCUAUCCUAAAAGAACACCUUUGGAUAUGCAGAUGAAGGAAGUUGGACUGUGCGAAGCAAUAAUUAAAUUCAUCCAAAAUUUUUCAACUUCUCCCUGUGAAGCACUGAAGACAGAAAAGACUCAGAAACUAUUUUAUCAACCAGAAGAAAAUUUUUGGAUGGUCAUGACAAUAAAUAUUCCUUUUGGGCCAAGAAGCAAAGACGUUUUGGAAGGUUCCGAACACUUAGAUCAUGAAGUCAAAAUGCCAGUUUUUAAGGCUGUUCUUAAACAAGCUUACCAGACAUCGAGAUUGAUCCUGGGGCCGUUUCAGAACAUCCUUGACUCUGGUAAUGGAGUACUGUCUGAGCUGAAAAGCAAAUGCGACAAUUUUUUCUCAAAAUAUCUGGCAAAUUUAAAAUUGAAGCAAUGUGACAUCAUAGACGUUUUUCAAGGUGUAGAAUAUUUGGGAUUAGAGAAACCUUUAUUUUUGUUAUCACAAAGUUUAGCUAACCAAGUGGAGGGUAAAUUUCCUAUCUUUGAUUAUUCCCUUCUUCUAUAUGAAGAAAAAAUAGUUUGGAGUGGUCUGGAGCUAGAAGAUGCUCAAUUGUUGUAUAAAUACCUAGUCAGUUGUUUGAUUCCAUCGUUUCUUUUUAAAACUAAUAAGACUACUAGCUCCAAUUUAACUCUCCCGCCUUCAAUGAGGUUUAUAUUCGGUAGUCAAGGUAAAGAAAGAAAAGUGUACCUGUCUAAAGUAGCUAACCCAGGUUUUUACAAUCUUAUAGUCUACAGGGUAAAUUUAGCAACACUUUGCCUACUUAGCAACUGUUCAUCUGUGAUAAAGGACGAACUAUUUGGCAAACUAGAUGAUUUCCUUCGUGACAAAAUGAACAAUAUUUGUGCCGAGAUAGUGAUGUCGAAAAAGCCCAAACCUCAAAUUACAGAAUUACAAGAUAGUUCUAGUUUGAGAUUCGCUUAUUUCAACUCCACAAAUCUGGCUACAAAAAGUACCCUUCAUGAUUUAAGGAUUGGACAACCUCCAGCCCAAAAAGAGUCUCUGAGAUUACUUGUUGACAUAUGCCAACAGCUUUCCGACCUUCGAGAACAAGGUUGUAAAUCGAGCGAGUUCCUUUACAAAUGCCUCUCUGACCAGUGGGUAAUCGGGAUGAUGUCAAAUGGAAGGCAGUUCUAUGUUACCAUUGACAGGAAAAAAGCCAACCUUCUCGACAUAAGCAACUUUUUUAAUAUUUUUCCAGGGGAGGUGAACUAUAUUUGCGAUAAGCAACUCAAAGGGAUUUUUUUUCAUGUCUGAAUUUCUGUGAUAUAAGCAAUAAAUUGGAAUUUCGAUCAUUCCACAAUUUUGUUUUUCCAA